CCCCCUGACUCUUACCGACGACAACAAUGUCUCCAUCCACCGCAGUGUUCAAACUCACAAGGCCAGGUAGUCUCACUCGCCGCCUCAACUUCGCUACUCAGCCCUCGUGGUCUGUUCUCUCAGUCAGAAUCAGCACUCUCUUCGACAUACCCUUUGCCGAUGUCGGUGUCUCGUAUAUUGACCCCGACGGAGAUGAAGUCACACUCAGUUCCGAGGAAGAGCUGCAGGAGUUUUAUAGUACGUUGAACCAGGGAGACAAGGAGCCCAUCAAGUUCUUCGUUCAAGAUCUCAGCGCUCUCAGGUCCAAUCCCUCACAUUCUAGAGCGCCUUCUGUCACCCCACAGCGUAACACCUUUGGCGGCAAUGAAACGCUCCCAAUGAUGUUCGAGGUCGAUGACGAAUGGCAGCGUCUUCCGGAAACCACUGGCAGCCCUUUCUGGCCUCAGCGCGACCGGAAUAGCCCCCAUGCUUUUGUUGAGGUGCUAGGCAGUGAAAUUGACACGAAAUCUCAAGUCGACGACCGUGACCUCCGUGGAGAGCCCUUUGUAGAUCACCAUUCCAGUACUUCCACUGCGGAGGAGGAUUCAAAGGGGAAGCAACGUGCUUCUUUGCGACCGAGUGUUCUAGACGACGUCGAAUCUACCAACUCCCUGCUGGAGAGUCGCACUCCUGCCAAGCCACCCAUCCAUGUUUUUGACAUGAGUGACACGGAAGACCUCUAUCAGGACGCUCCCACCGGCCAACAGAUCACCGUCGAGCUUCCGGAAGCUCUCAAUACGACUGACUCUCUCCAUUUCGAUAUCACAGACAAGGCUGAAAGCGUCAACACCUCCCCGGCUCAGGACGCAGACCCCCCUGUUCCUACCAUCGACGCAUCCCAAACUCCCUCGGCGCCUUCCCUUUUCAGUGACCUUGAGGCAUUCCUGACUAGCGCAUCUUCCGUUCUAUCCUCCCACCCUGAGCUUUCGGAGGGAUUCCGAAACAUCCUCACAAAUGCAUCUAACGGGACAUACUGGUCGAACCAUCGCGAGGCACUUUACCGUGCGGGCGAGCACAUUCAAAGAACCGCCGCAGCUGAAACUGGAAGGACCGUCGAAGAACUUCGCAGGGCAACAGAGCAACAAGCAGGAGCCAGGGUAGCGGAGGCUCUUGAUAAGAUAUUUCGCUCGUUUGGCGAACGAACAACCGGAACGCGGGGGCCGCCUGAAGAGGCCACAUCGUCAGGUCGUCCCUUGGCGGAAACUCCCGCUCCUGCUCCUGCUGCAGAGGAGUCCAUGCAUCGGAUGAAUGCAUCCGGCAUACCUCCCUCGUACGGGCCCGGAGUCCCACCUCCCUUCGCUGCACCAUUCACCGCGCCGCCGCCACCUCCGCCUACAUUUAUCCCAGGACAGGGUCUGCCGCCUGGUGUACCCCCGAUGGGACCUUUCCAUUGGAGCAGAGGUGGUCCUCCCCAUCCUCCUCCCAUCCCUCCGAUUCCCCCUUUUGCUCGCCCAUUCGAAGACCUUAGUUCUGUACCGGAGGGUUUCCGUCGAAGGGCAGCGAACAUUAUGAACCGCUACUCAUGGGCGGGCCCGAUGGAAUGGGUUCCGCCGCGUCCUCCCGCCCCUCCGGCACCCGGAGUGGCUACGGCGGGGUCAAUAGCUGUUCCUGCUGCUCCUGGUGUACCUUCCGAUAGCGAACACGCCCCAGUCAUGGAUCAGGCAAGAGCCGAUGUUGAGGCUGCGAAGGCAGAGUAUAAAGCGAAGAAAAAUGCGUAUCGUCAAAUGAAAGCUGAGAAACGGAAGAACCCAGAUUCGAAACUUGAGGAGUACCCUCAAUCGAGGGAGGAAAUUAGUGUCGAAACGAAGGUCGGGAGUGCGAACACAGGUCGUACCACGACACCUCAGGCAAUGUCAGCUACAACGCCGACCGUCGUAACUACCCCGGUCGGUCAUACGCCUGCCACGCCUUCAAGGAACUUGCCUUCGCCUGCAGUCAUGGUCAGUAGCGCGAGGGGCGUUUGGCCCGGAUAUGAAAUGAUCAGCGUACCGCGCCGCAACCAUACGAUAGGACAUGCGAGUGCUCGGAGUGCUCGGUCUUUUGAGUCGCCCGAAGCUCGGUCCAUGAAUAGAAUCACCAGAAAGCUCGCCGAUAUGGGUUUCACCGAGAGCGCCCACCCCGACCUGAAGGCUAGGGUGAAGAAGCACAUGCCAGCGGAAGGGGCUCCCGCUAAGGAUGCCGAGGACGACAUCGUCACCAAUCUCAUCGAAGAACUUCUCGGCGCAUCUCCGAACCCGAGAGCAAGCACAUCCACGUUGCCACGAGCCAGCACCCUGGGUAACGAAUCGCUUCCUGGUGCCUGGAACUAAGAAAAGUGGCUGUUGGGAGAGUGGCUUUGAUGAUUACGGUUUGUUUCCUGAGUUAUGAUACUGUAUACUUUUGUCUGUACUUCUAAAGAACGCUUUGUUGCUGUUGUAUGACAGGUCUUGCUUUGUGCGCGGAGAAAUAUGACAAACGUCAAAGCCGGUGACCGCUACCAGCAAAAUGCGCUACUUUUGCC